UCACACUAUCCCAUUGUCUGGCUAUAAUGCUAUUGUCCAGAGCUGGUGGGCCGCUCGAACAACAGAUGUUGUUGUUUUGAAGCCCGAAAAACUAUUUAGACAUUAUUAUGCCUAAGCCACCUCCGUCAAUCACCAGACUUUACUUUGUCCGCAGAACAUUCCGCUCUUAAUCAGUUAAAUUGAUCAUCCAGACAGCUAAUCAAGCAAAAAUGGGUCGUUUUACCGCUUCCGCUUCCACUGUCGCCAAACAGAUUAAGCAGGGUAUUUCGAAAUACUUCUCAUCGUACCAGCAGGCGGGAAGCAAGGAGAUGAUGGUAAACCAGGAUGUGAAUACUCCUAUAAAACAGGAACUUGUUCCCGACCUUCAGCUUAAGAACCGUUGCUGGAUCUCUCACUCCAAGCACAGCGGAAAGUUUCGUGAGAAUCUACCCCCUGCGGGCUAUAACGACGAGAUCGAUGAACACCCGAGCUCCGCGACACCUGCUCCUCAAGCGAAGCCUCAAACACACAGAGCUAACUCGGAACCCAUCAUGCGUGCUGAAAGUAAGCCGUGGUGGCUUAUAACCGACGAGGAGCUUCGUGAGGAGUACGAGCAGUGCCGGGCCAAGGCCCCUCAGGUCGGACCCAACUUCCUCUGGUGUGAUCGCCGCAGCAGCUUAGACCAAAGAUCGCUUCUGGCUUCUAGGGGCCUCAAGCGUCCCACUGCUGUAGGCGCGUGCAUGGUCACCUGUCCCAAGACCGAAGAGACGGUUGUCCGUUUCACCAAGGACCUUGCCGUGCCUGCCCACGCGGACGAGGGCGAAGCCCUGGCUCAAGGCGACGUCGUCGAUCUGACUACUCCGGAGAUGGUCUCCUUACUUUCGGGUGCCCUCCCCGAAGAGUUCUCUGACUCUACUAAGCCCACUCUCCCCUCUCCCCCUCCCCCUCCCCCAGGCCUAAAGCCGCGUCCAGCCCCCUGUUCUCUCAGGAAGUAUCAGGAAGCCAUUCAGGAGCAGAUCAAGGACGUUCCUGUGAAAGUAGAUGCCGAUAACCUGAGGUACGAGGCUGAAUACAAAUCCAUCUUCCGGCCCCUCGAAAGAAACAAUACGUGGCUUUGACCCAGGCCCUGCCUUAACAAACUCAACCGAACGCGUUUAGCCUUCUAGGCCUUGUCGCGCUCCCAUUGUAUUGGACUAGCACCCCUAGCGUCCAAUGAUAGUAGGUAUUUGGAAGCAAGACCAAGACCCAAGAGUUAGGUAGGUCGGUCGGGCCAGGCAAGGCAGCCAUAAACCUGAGCGAAGCCAUGUUUCCUUAGUUUAGUUUUUCUCCUUUCAGCCCUGCUUUCUUUUAUCUUUUGAUAGGAACUUCAAGGUUCCUUUUAUUGCUUUUAUUGCAUGAUAAAAGGGUUUUCAGUUUCUGCUGAAAGGUAUCCUUAAUUGCUCAC